AUGACAUUGGCUCUGGAAGACGAGGACGCUCGAGCUUUUCAAGUGACGUUGUCAUUCGUAGAUGAAUGUAUGCUGGAUGAUGAUGAGGAUGGAAAGGACAAAGAGAUGGAAGAUGUGGCAGCACUAAAGCCGACUGCCAUGACGUUGCGUGAAGAAAAUGAAUGGACCUCGAAACCAACAGUUAACAUCAUCACCGGAGUUGAAACAUCAGUCGGAGCUCACGGAAUGACGUCUGCGUUUUCAGCUAUUGCAGCUCCGACUACGAAUCACAUGGUGGGAGCUUCGAAUCAAACGGUGUUGAGACGACGAACGGAGAACAAAGAGCGGAAGAAGUUACUACGAAAGGCUGGUAUCUACGAAGAUGCCAAUGGAAUGAGCAAAAAUAGCAGACUAGAGAUUGCUUAUCUCCAUGAAAGAAUUGAGACGCUUCAACUCGAUCUGCAGGUUUUACAAAGUCAAAAGAACAGACAAACACCUACUGGCACUCAGUUCGUAGCAGAGAAACCUUUCGAUGCAACGGAUUCCGCAUGUCGGAUCCCAAAGGUGUGGGGAGAAAUUGCUGUGCGACAGCAACGACGACUAAAAGAGGCUGAGCGUGAAAAUGCUCGCUUGAAACUUGCCGUACAGCAUCAGCAAAAGGCGUCCACUUGUAUGCGAAACUUGGUGCGAAAGCGAGCUGGGCAAUUGGUGCGUCCUUGUUGUUUUGACAUGAAAGGAAAGUGUGUACUAAUAUCUAGUGUGUAUGCUUUGGCCAAGACAAGUGAUUGCUCUUCUUUCGUCGACUUUGGCUCCGCUAACCAGCAUUUUGCCCGCAUGCUGAUCUCUCGACGUGGUGGUGCAGGAGAUUUUCCGCUUUUGUUUCGACAUCUUGAGACUGCACGUGAAGAAGUGGAUGCUGUCUUUGCUUCCAACGGUCUGGCAAACAUGGUGCUUACUCCUGUAGACGUACAUCUUCGCGAAGGUGUUGACGGCAAAUACCUCGAAGCGUUCUCGAACAAGGUGUUGCCUUUUGGACUACGCGCUGCGACUGAAGCUGUUUGGGAUCACUUUAAGGGAAGUGAAAAGCACCUUGGAAAUGGCAAUAUCUACGAGAAAACAGCAAAGAGCCUCAGCGACCCGUACACGAUCAUCGAAGAGUUCACGAAGGAGAUGCACGCCAAAAAUGCCCGAGCAGACAUCAAGGUGCAGCAACUUGUACGUCGCUAUAUGGAGCCUGACCGCGACAUCGUUAUCUGGGUUUCCGUGGCUGAGCCUGUCGAAAUCAAGCAUAAGAUGCUGCGUGGACUCACUUACCAUCUUCGCGGCUAUGCCGUGACAAAGCGGUCAUCUGCAUCGACCCCGGAGCACGAGAUCUCUCAGCUGCAGUGCGUCUCGCUGAUCUCACUGGAACCGGAAGCGGUGGCCACGUAUGGACCUGAAACUGUGCGCGCGGUCACCAACUUCCUCAUUGUCACUGCAGCGCAGAAGAUGCAAGCUCAUCAAGACUGCAUUGAGAACGCUCUUGUUGACAAACAGCUACGACGGCGAGGAAUCAUGACGUCCUCGUACAAGCCAUUGUACCAAAGUAUGUGCCGUGCAGAGCACAAGCUGUGCAUCAACUUGUUGACCAAGCAGACACAAAUUUUUUGCCUAAAGAUGAUGCCGGCAGGUUCUCGCAGCAAUACUGUCUUACUGGAAGAAGGCAAGUCGAUCGUGGAGGGAUCUCGAGCAACAUUGCGAGCACGUGAUAAUGAGACUCAGCGCGACGGCCACCGGUGUCUGUAA